AUGCGGGCUCUUGGCUCCCCCCUGGACGGGGCACUGGACCCUGGCACCACGGUGAGGUGGCCGGCAUCGCCAGGGUGGGCCCGGGCACCACCGGAAAGCCAGAGGUGGAUCUGGCAGGUGCACGAAUUGCCUUGGGGAAACACCGGGUGCGUGGGCAGGAGCGCCCUCUCCCCAACAUUCGCCGCAGCCGCAAGGCCGCUCUGGCUGCUGUGGGUGCGAGGGCAGACACACACAGAGGCGAACGGGCAAAACCGUGUCGGCCCAGUCGUAACACGCAAGGCGUUUCCGUGGAGCCUCCCUGAAGAAAUGCGGUCACGGCACGUGAUCAGCCGUGGCGUACAUGAGAGUUAA